AUGUGGAAGAGCUUCAGCAAGAACUCGCAGCGCAUCAAGGACCACAGGAUCCACAGCGGGGAGAGGCCCUGCGAGUGUGGGCAGUGGCUGUUCCAGGAGAUGCUGAAGUGCGGCUGGCACUGCAUGAACGGCACCGAGCGGGGGAGGUUCGUGGACAGGAACAGCGACAACCGGGAGCAGCUCCUGCCCUUGGGCAGCGAUGUGGGGUUGUACGUCGGGGACACCUCCUGUGGGGAGAGUGCCAGGUCCUGGAACAGCGACCCGCAAUGGAGGGAGUACAGACGGGCUGCGGCGGACAGGCACUGCCGGCACAACUACGAGUUGUCCAGCCCGUUCCUCGUGGAGCGCGGAGUGACCCGCAGCCUUUCCACCUCGCUGCUGCCCUCCAGCUCCCAGCCCGGCCCCGGCCGCCUGCUCUGCUCCAUGAUGGAUUUCUACCCUGCCCACAGCCAGCUGGGCUGCUUCCAGGGCCAGCAGCAGCUCUCGGGGCACGGGGGCACCGCCGUGGUCCCCAACGGGGACUGGAGCCAGCAGCUGCUGGUGCUGCUGGAAACCUCCCCGCGGCACGGGGUCACCUCCAGUUGCCAGGCGGAGCACGUCAGCCUGGAGCAGCCCCUGAGCCGGCACUGGGGCACGGGGGAGGCACUGGGGGGGAACUGGGAGAGACCACCAGAGAUGCCACCAGUCGCUGCCCAGAGCAAGAUGCUGAUGGGGAUCGGGGGCUUUGUGUUGGGCUUUGUCUUUCUGGCGCUGGGGCUCAGCUUCUGCCUGUGCAAGAAGAGCUCCUGA